AUGUAAAUAAAUCCUCUAAGUAGCAGGUUAUGGACCGGGUGGCUACGCCCUACUUGGGAUACUGCCUCAUCUCUAUUAGCAACAAAGGACAACCACACUGAAUUUGAUUACUCCUUUAACAAAUUAAUUUUGUGCUUCUUAGUCUGUUAUAUAAUAUAGCCCAACUUUUUAAAAUAGCUUUAUAUUUUCACACCUUUCUGUUAAGUUUUUCGAGGUUUUCUCUCGUUUAACUCCGGCGGUUUUUGUGUGUUAAAUUUAGAAAAGAAAGCGUGAUUUUAUGGAUACGGACCAAUGAAACAGCAACUGAACAAAUUUCAAACUUAUUGUUUAUAGAAGCUGGAGGUGUUACUUUUGAAAACAAGCUGCGAAAACCAAGUACUCAAGUUUUAUAGCGGGAUACAACGGAGAACAGAAUGUGGGACGUCUUUCAGUGGUCCAGGGAGGGGCGGAGGGAUCUGCGCCGAACAGCAACAUGCUUUAUCCCGGUGACGCAGUUGGUUGCUAGGUGUGAAUGAACUGAUGCUUUGUCUCAAUUAAGCGGCUCCUCAGUUUACAGGUCGACCACAACAAAGCAACAUCUCGUCUUUUUGCGUUGUCCCGGGUAUUCGGAGCUUAAGUAUGGCUCUUUAAUUUCAUCGAGCUGUUGCACCUGAAGAGAAGUCGUGCUUUGCUUUUGCAACGCACCCCCAAGUGCUCUACAAUUUUCCUGCAAGAAUGGAGUUUCAUUAUGCUCACCCUGCCCUGCUCUCUGUGGCCCAUCUGUCAGACCCUUCUUGUUCUCAGCAUAUGCUUGGACUUGGACUGAAUCAAAGCACCAACAGACAAAAUGAUGGCAACAUCAGCUCAUGUUUGGAAGAGUCUUCAUGUCUGCCCGGCAGACCCCCUCGCUCUCUCUCACCCACAGGCUAACCACAGCCAAUCACAGGGGUGCAAGGGGGAGGUGUCAGAGGAGAGUCAGCACUUAAUUGGUGAUGGUCUCUCUGACUGGAUGACGGAAGAAGUGGAUUUCUCUUCGUACCUCCCAAACCCUCCUUCCCCUCCCUCUUCCACCAAUGCCUCCCUUCCCCCUUCACCCCUUCAGAAUGAUAUCCAGGUGCCCUCCGACUUGGAGGUCAUGACCUCCCUGCUGCAAGAGGAACUUGCCCAACUAGAGGACUACUUCUUGUCUGAACCACUGCCAGAGAAAGGGCCGAGACUGGGAAAAUGCGACAGGGGUCCUCUGCCGGCGGGUCCUCAGCCUUUCAGUCAGCUGCCAUAUGCAUCAUACUCUACAUCGAACCAAUCAGAAACCAACCCACUUCUUGUUACCCUGGCAACCGGAGAACUGGACCUGCUGAGUAUCUGUGGCGGGCCCAUUGGGCGAUCCAAAAUUCCAAGACACGCCCCGUACAGCUGCAGUCGCCCCAGUGGGUGUGGUAGGAAAAGGGUUCUUGAUGGUGUGAGGUUUAGUGAAGGCUAUGACAAUAGUUUAUUGAGCUCCAAAGGAAGUAACUCAGGUAACUCAGCUGUCACCCUUACUGGUAAUUAUGGCUGUGUAGAGGAUGACCAGCUGGUAGGGAAAAGCUACUGUCUGAGCAGUGCAAUCGAGGUUAGAAGAUGUGCCAGUUUACCCAAAGAAGAGAAAAACUGCUGUUUCUCGCAAGAUAUCAUAAGCGGUGCAAAGGUUGUUGGUGGUGGAUUUGGUUUUGCUGGAUCACUGGAUGGUGCACAUAAGAAAGAAGAUGUGUUGAUGUACAGCAUGAGGGAGGUCAGCGGCGGUUCUGGUAACAAUGAAGUGCUGAGCAGUAUCAAAGCUAGUGUGGAGGUGACAAAAGCCAGUGUCUCUUGGAAAACUGAGAACAGCGAAGGUUGUUAUGAUCCAACAACACCACAGUCUGAGGCCUAUCAUAGCUUCUUAGGGAAUACCAAUGAACAGGUGAAAACAGAGAGUUUGCAAAUAGUUCAGCCUGAUUUACACUGUAGUUACCUUGAGGAUCAGGCCCCAGAGUGCUUUUUAAUGGCUAGGGAGAAUCUGAACCUGGAGUCUUCAGGGCAUAGACAAGCAUGCAGGCUGAAAGAAGACCACUGUGCUGUGAAGUACGAAGUGGACAUCAUUCCACAUGAAGGCGGGGAGCGAAAACAAAAGAAAAGAGAUCAGAACAAAACAGCUGCUCAUAGGUAUCGCCAGCGAAAAAGGGCGGAGCUAGACUCUUUGGAGGAACAACUGCAUUGCCUUGAGGGGAGGAACCGGGAGCUCCGAGACAAAGCAGAGUCUGUAGAACGUGAAAUCCAGUAUGUUAAAGACCUGCUGAUUGAAGUUUACAAGGCCCGCAGCCAAAGGCUGAAGCAGGACACAACAGCGUAACACUACACUCCUGCAAGUACGCUUAAAAUGACGUGGAAAGUGGAGCUCUUGGUGUCUUUUAAGUUUGUUAAACACUGAAUUUGUAAUUUCUUUUCAUGGCAAGGGGAAUAAUGCAUGCUUUGUUAAAGUGAAUUAUUUUCUACAUUUCUAACCAACACUGUCCGAUGCUUCCAUUGCUUUUCACACUCAAAUCACUUGAGCCUUCACUGUGGCAUUGCAAUGCUUUAACUGACAAUCAUUUUAAACAGAUCUUCCAUCUUGUGAAUCUACUGACUGAAGUAGGAUUAUUUCUGAGGAAGUAAUGUAAUUCAUUAAGCAGAUUCUAAGUUAAUAAUAGCCUUACAGUAAAAUUGAUGUCUGAAAUAGAACCUUAUGGUUACACCACUGUUUUGUUUAAUUCAGAAUUGCUGACAUUUGUGAGGAGUUGGACUAGUGAGAUAUGUUGUCAAUAUUUAAGUUUGAGGACUUCUGUCAAAUCAAAUACUUUUAUAUAAUAAUUUCCAGCCUUCCUUGAUUUUCCAAUAUUGCAUUUAGUAUGAAUAUUUGAAACAAUAGUUGCUGUUGAAAUAUACGCUUACUCAUACAACUGCAGCAGUUGCUGACAUGGAAAAACCCUCACCAAAACCAUUUCUUAUUUCAAUAUUGUUACAAUUUAAAAAAAAAUUAUUUAGACUCUGCAGCUCUGAAUAAAUUUACUAUAAAAUUUAUAUUAAUUUUACCCUGCUUUGUAAGAACAUUUUCUUUGUGUUGUGUUUAUAUUUUUUUCUGAUUUAUUUUUAAUUAUUACUAUAUCCCUUUUGUUCUAACAAAUCAUAUGAUGAUUUUCAGAAAUUGUUGGAAAAGAGUCCAAUUUAUCCUGUAAGCAAAAGACAACAAACUUAUCAUUUUUAAAUGAAACAGAGAUUGUAUCAUGUUGUGGCUGUACGGUUUUCUUCUCUUGCAUAUUGCAAUUUAUACAAUCAGUUUUGCAGCUCAGGAUACACAGUUUAUCCUCCUGCCUUACAAACAUCAGUGGAUCAUGGUGGCAGGAGAUAAAAGACUUGAAGCUCCUCUUCAGUUCAUCUUACACAAAGAUUUUGCAGGUUUUCUUGAUGAAAAAAAAAUUAUUUCCCAUACGUGCAAACAGUGUAAGUAGUGGUGUUUUAGAAGCCUCUCUCUGCAUGCUUUUGCAUAAAUGUACUUGCUCUCUCUCUCUCUCUUUCUUUCUCUCUCUGUGUCUGUCUGAAAUAGAAAAAAUUAGGGAUUCAGAAAAAAAGUGAGGUUUGUUUCUCUAGACUGCUUGUUAAGGCAAUAAGUUUUAUAGGCCUCUGGCUGAUCUGCACUAAUUUGUAACAACUUUUAUAGAUUCACGGAGUGGAGUGUGUUAAUUUGUUCUUUCUACAAAAAUAAUUGACAAAAAAAGAAAAGAAAAAAAAAAACUGAUUAUUUAUUUCUGAGUGUUAACUUUGAAGCAAAAGGAUUCUCUUGAGUUAUUUUGUCCUUCGUUUGUCGCUAAAUAACCACUGUAACUGUUAUACAUGUCCUUGACAAAGAUUAUUGAUUUUUAUUCGUGCAUUUAUUUUUAUGAGAAUCUUGAAUAUCCGCCGGUUAAUGUUCAUGUUCAUACAGUCUGUUUGCUUUUUGGCUUAAAGUCCAUGUCAGGUUGUUUGAGUCCCCUGCGUUGUACUAUCAAAAAACAUUUUUAAACCAAAAAUGUAAAUCACAUUAUAGCGCUGUGUAAUUUAAGGGUUAUAUAUUCAAAUAUAGCCUACACGUUUCUUUUGUGUGAUGUAAACUUGUUUCCCUUUACAAAGAAAUAAAUAAAGUGCGUCAUUAACCUG